CUCCGUCCAUGGCCGACAUGUUUGCUCCUUCGUUGUCUCUUUGCAUGUAAACAGAAGAUGAUUUGAUUUUCUUUAAAUCACCCGGAGUAUUUUUCCGCAACUUCUUGAAGAAGCAGAAACAAAAACAUGUAGAAUGGUUUGUAUCAUGUCUUCAUUCAGGUGACAUCACCCACGCAUCCGACAUGACUUGCGGAGUUAAAGCACACCAAGAGCACCUUGGGUGAAAGAGAGGACGAAUCCAAAAGAAAAAAGGCUGCGCUGGAGCUGACCACGGCACAGGUCGCUCAACUCCGGGAGCAAUUGGCAAGCUUGGCCCAAGAGCUUGCAGAUCUUGCUGACAGCGAACAGAAGCUCACAGAAAUGCGCCAGGCAGAACAUCAAGAGCACACGAAGGCCUACCAAGAUUUAGAGCUGGGCCUCGGAGGAGUGCAGACGGCCAUCAAGGCGCUGCGGGACUACUAUUCACAGGAUCGUCCUGUUCAACUAGACAUGGCGGCAUCCAUGGCCUUGGCGGCCGAUGGGCGUGCCCCGCGCGUGGACAUGGGAGACGAGGUGUCCACAGCAGGGGCCGGCGUCAUCAGCCUUCUGGAGGUGGUGGAGUCAGACUUUGCCCGGAACAUGGCCGAUUUGCAGUCUCAGGACAGAAAUGCCCAAGACAACUUCGAACAGCUGAUGCAGGAAAGCAAGGUGGUGAAAGCUCAGAAGGAAGCCGAUGUAAAGCACAAGACCACAGAGGCCACAAAUCUGGAGCGCAGCGCUACUGAGUUGAGGUCCGAUACAGCCUCUGCUCAGCAGCAGCUCGAAGCUGUCACUGAGUACUUGGCCAAGCUCAAGGAGGAGUGCACUGCCAAGGUCGAAACCAAAGAGGAGCGGAUGGCGAAGCGCCAGAAGGAAAUGGAAGGCUUGCAGGAGGCAUUGUCCAUUCUCGAAUCCGCUUGAGCAUGUGAGUGCCUCUGGUCUAGGUGCUGGGGCCAUCAACAUAUGCGUGGUAUUGUCUUCA